UCUCUCUCUCUCUCUCUCUCUCUGCCAAUCUGCUUUGCUAAACUGAACAUUAUGCACUUGACAUUUGAAUCAUUGUUCGUCGACGUCUACGUAUUGCCUGAUUUCUUGGACUUGUGAAUGCACGCUACAACUCCCAAAACUACGUUAACUGUGGGUAAGGAAUCAAAAUGUACAGGAGAGUCGCGUUAUUGUUGCUGGUUGGAUUGCUGUCAUGGGCUUAUCAGGCCACUCAACCGCCCCCUCCCAGCAUUUGCGGUUCCCCUGGCGGUCCACCCAUCACAGAUCCUAGAUUAAAGCUAAGAGAUGGAAGAUACUUGGCCUACAAGGAGCAUGGUGUGUCAAUUCAAGCAGCCAGACAUAAGAUUAUCUUUGUUCAUGGCUUUGGUUCUUCCAGACUUGAUGCAGUAAUCGCGACCAAACCCUCACCGGAAUUUAUCGAAGAGUUAGGUGUACACAUUGUGUCUUUCGACAGACCAGGCUAUGGUGAAAGUGAUCCAGAUCCUAACCGAACAGUUAAGAGUUUGGCAUUAGAUAUAGAAGAGCUUGCUGACCAGCUCUUAUUCGGAGCCAAAUUUUAUGUAGUCGGAUAUUCUAUGGGUGGACAGGUUAUCUGGAGUUGUCUUCAGUACAUCCCUCAUAGGCUAGCUGGAGCGACUCUGUAUGCUCCUGUUAUCAAUUACUGGUGGCCAGGGUUUCCUGCCAACUUGUCAACAGAUGCCUACUAUAAACAACCCCUCGGGGAUCAGUGGGCACUUCGAGUUGCUCACUAUGUACCAUGGCUAACAUACUGGUGGAACACUCAGAAAUUAUUUCCUUCAUCAACUGUUAUUGGUCGUAGUCCAGACAAUUUCUCCAGUCAAGAUUUGGAAAUACUUAGGAAUAUGCAGGCUUCUGGUAUACAAACUAACAGACCUCAUGGAAAGCAGCAAGGAGUAUAUGAGUCGAACCAUCGUGAUCUGAUGAUUGGAUUUGGGAGUUGGGAGUUUGACCCUAUGGAAAUCAAGAAUCCUUUUCCCAACAAUGAAGGGUCUGUCCACCUCUGGCAGGGUGAUGAUGAUAGGCUUGUCCCAGUUGAACUCCAACGCUUUAUUGUGGGAAAGCUUCCAUGGAUUGACUACCAUGAAUUACCAGGUGCUGGACACAUGUUUCCAUAUAACAACAAUAUUAACGAAGCUAUGUUAAAGGCAAUGCUUACUGGGGAGAAGUAGCCUAUUUUGCAAGAUGUCUCUUCUUCAUUCAGUAUUUGAAUUGUUUUUGAAACAGAACAGAAUUAAACACCAAUAUAUGAUUGAUAUUGUUACAGUGGGACUUUGAUAACCAAGUUCAAGGAAUACUCAUGAAAGCUGAAA